AGAUUCACGAGAGUCGGAGGCAGACCCGGACCAGUAAAGAUGCGGACCUCUCCUCCGGCUUACCCGAUGUAACCAGGAAACGCCGGACUGAGGGAACUUAACCUUCCUCCGGCGAAUCAAUGCAGUCCAGCAUGCCGGCUUUCAAAACCGCUCCAGGUGUACAAGUAAAGCCCAGCAAGAGGACGAAGAGAAGUAAGCCGGCCGAAGAGCCAAUCUUUGCUGAACCGGAGCUCAGAACGGCUGCUCCUGAUACUUCCGCUUAUGAGCCGCCCCCUGAACCAGCCCAUGAUACUCCAACUCUCACCACUGAUCCGUCCGUCGAACAAGCUAUGGAAGGUUCUGAGAACCCAGAGAACCCUAGCCUGGCCAAGGCGGAUGACCCGGACGUCAAAAUCAUCCGGACUGACUUCGUUGAACCGGGGAGACCCACCGCGCUGGAAGUGCUCCGCCAAAGAACUUCUGGAACGCCGCAAAACCCGGCUGGAUGUGUCAAGUACCAAGUGCCAAGUACCUUUGCCUGCAAAGUGCUUGGGACUUAUUUCCAUGAACCGCCACUGCCGCUAUCAAUCAAUUUGAAUCGGAGAUCUCUGAGCUGAAGACUCGCCUGAAAACUCAAGAGAGUGAGACCCAAAAGGCCAAUUCCAAGUUUGAAUUUAGUGUAUCCGAAUAAGAAAAACUAAAAAAGAAGUUUGAAGCCGAGAGAAAAGCUUGGGCUGAUGAAAAGGUUGUUUUGCUCCACCGGGCUGAACAAGCGGAGGCCACUCUUGCAGAAACAACCGUCGAGUUAUCCGGCUUAAAACGCCAUGUAUCUCAGAUGGUCUCAGCAAUCUUUGGUAAGUUACUCUAUAAGUGUUAGCUAGCUUAAAUCUUUUUCAACAAGCAUCUCAAUUGUCAUCAGCUCACCUGACCUUGUAAUGCAGGCCCCAGGAGUUCCAAUCUCAACCAAAACAUGCUGACAAAGCUGA